GAUAUAAAACCCAGAGCUCAGUGAAUUCUGUGCAACUCGGAGCUCGAGGCAGCAACGAAACAGGAUCUAGUCUAUUCAAAUACACCUUUUUUUUGUACACCGGCUUUCCACAACAACUGUAACCAUGGUACUGGAGGACUCUGAGGGCAGCGUCUUUGAACUUGACAUCACUGAGGAUGAUGUGGAGACUUCCUUUGGUAAGGUGCACUGCACCAUGAAGGGUGUUCCGAGGGGCAACCGGCCUACUAUCCUGACUUUCCAUGACAUUGGACUGAAUCAUAAGAGCUGUUUUGAGUCACUCUUUAAUCACAGAGACAUGCAUGAGAUCAUGCAGCACUUUGCUGUGUGCCAUGUUGACGCCCCAGGACAGCAGGAGGGUGCCAGUACACUCUCCACAGAGUAUACCUACCCUUCGAUGGAUCAGCUCUCAGAGACCCUCCCUAUGGUCCUUAAGCAUUUUGGUCUGAAGAGUGUGAUUGGAAUGGCAGUCGGUGCUGGAGCCAACAUCCUUGCCCGCUUUGCACUAAAUCACCCAGACAUGGUUGAAGGUCUUGUUCUGAUUAACAUGAGCACUCAGGCAGAGGGUUUUAUGGACUGGGCAGCACAAAAGAUUACAAGCUGGACUCAUGCUCUCCCUGAUACUGUAAUUUCUCACUUGUUUGGAAAGGAGGAGAUACAUAACAAUCAUGAACUGAUCGCAACCUUCCGUCAUCUCAUUACAAACAAUGUUAACCAGUCCAACCUGCAGCAGUUUGUCAAGUCCUUCAAAAGCCGACGGGAUCUGGAGAUCGAGAGGCCGGUACAAGGAGGAAACGUUAAUACACGAACCCUCCAGUGUCCAGUUUUGCUGAUAGUGGGUGAUAAUUCUCCAGCUGUGGAUGCUGUGAUUGACAGCAACUCCAGAAUGAAUCCAACAACGACCACCUUUCUCAAGAUGGCUGACUGUGGCGGCCUGCCUCAGGUUGAUCAGCCUGGCAAAGUAAUAGAAGCUUUCAAAUAUUUUAUCCAGGGCAUGGGCUACAUGCCCUCUGCCAGCAUGACCCGCCUGUCUCGAUCUCGUACGACUAGUAACUCAUCCCUCAACCGCAACCGCAGCGGUACAAACACUACAGAUGAACAGCGUGGACGCUCCCACACUGACAUCUCCAUGGAGAGCGCCUCCAACGCCAACGUAGAGCACAGUUCCUCAGGUCCCACACUUUCUGUUGAGCUGUCCUGCUGAACGCCUCAUGAAAUUACAUCACCGUGCAAAUCAGAAAGUAACUCAGCAGGCGGUUUAAAAUUGGACCUGAAAUUACAGAAUUUGAACCUGAAAGCUGAUGCUCCUGUGAUUAGCUAUAUAAUGUUUAAUGUAUCAUUACUGUUUAUGACAAGGGAUAUUAGAAUAGAAAUGGCCCUCACAGCAAACAAAUAUUGCUCAUACUUGUACAAUAUGUAAUAUUUUAUAAUGAAUAUAUAAUAUAAAUAUGUUAAGAAGGUUCUAUGUGAUGUGUACAGUUUGGAUGUGACAAUAUGUUUGUAUAUUAAAAGUAUUUGUGUGUGUUUGUUGAGGGUUUUCUGAUAAGGCUGAAUUUUGGGGGAUUUUUUUUAAUACAUUAUCAUUUCUUUUUACAUAUAAAUUCUAUACUUGUAAUUGAUAACAGUUAUGUCAAAUAUACUCAACAGUAUUGCUUAGUAUAUUAAGAAUGACCACAUGUAGUCUACAAAACAUUUAAUAAAAUUUCUGAAUCAUU